GGAGGCGGAGGCCCCGGCCGCCGCAGCCUCUGUGCGGUGGGACCCACGGACCGACAGACGCACGCUCCCACCGCGGCGCGGGCGCUGCAGAGGCCCCCAGCCCGAGCCCGCGCCUGAGCCCGUCCUGCGGCCACCGCUCAUCAGCCUGAACGCCGCUCUUCCCGCGGAGCCGCCAAGAUGGGGGACAAAAAAGAUGACAAGAGCUCGCCCAAGAAGAGCAAGGCCAAGGAGCGCCGGGACCUGGAUGACCUCAAGAAGGAAGUGGCUAUGACAGAGCACAAGAUGUCAGUAGAAGAGGUCUGCCGGAAAUACAAUACCGACUGCGUGCAGGGUCUGACACACAGUAAAGCCCAGGAGAUCCUAGCCCGGGAUGGGCCUAACGCCCUCACACCACCGCCCACCACCCCAGAAUGGGUCAAGUUCUGCCGACAGCUAUUUGGUGGCUUCUCCAUCCUGCUGUGGAUCGGGGCAAUCCUUUGCUUCCUGGCCUAUGGCAUCCAGGCAGGGACUGAGGAUGACCCUUCCGGUGACAAUCUGUACCUGGGCAUAGUGCUGGCCGCAGUAGUGAUCAUCACAGGCUGCUUCUCCUAUUACCAAGAAGCCAAGAGUUCUAAGAUCAUGGAGUCCUUCAAGAACAUGGUCCCCCAGCAAGCCCUUGUGAUUCGGGAAGGUGAAAAGAUGCAGGUGAAUGCGGAGGAGGUGGUGGUCGGGGACCUGGUGGAGAUCAAGGGUGGUGACCGGGUGCCAGCUGACCUGCGCAUCAUCUCCGCCCAUGGCUGCAAGGUGGACAACUCCUCCCUGACCGGCGAAUCUGAGCCUCAGACCCGCUCCCCAGACUGCACACACGACAACCCCCUGGAGACUCGGAACAUCACCUUCUUUUCCACCAACUGCGUGGAAGGCACCGCUCGGGGUGUGGUGGUAGCCACAGGUGACCGCACCGUCAUGGGCCGCAUUGCCACCCUGGCCUCGGGCCUGGAGGUGGGUAAGACCCCCAUCGCUAUUGAGAUUGAGCAUUUCAUCCAGCUCAUCACUGGCGUGGCUGUGUUCCUGGGCGUCUCCUUCUUCAUCCUCUCCCUCAUUCUGGGCUACACCUGGCUCGAGGCAGUCAUCUUCCUCAUCGGCAUCAUCGUGGCCAAUGUCCCAGAAGGGCUGCUGGCUACUGUCACGGUGUGUCUGACACUGACCGCCAAACGCAUGGCUCGCAAGAACUGUCUGGUAAAGAACCUGGAGGCGGUGGAGACUCUGGGCUCCACAUCCACCAUCUGCUCGGACAAGACCGGCACCCUCACCCAGAACCGCAUGACCGUUGCCCACAUGUGGUUUGACAACCAGAUCCACGAGGCGGACACCACAGAGGAUCAGUCAGGGACCUCUUUUGACAAGAGCUCACACACCUGGGUGGCCCUGUCCCACAUCGCCGGGCUCUGCAACCGGGCUGUCUUCAAGGGCGGGCAGGACAACAUUCCUGUACUCAAGAGGGACGUGGCUGGGGAUGCCUCUGAGUCUGCCCUGCUUAAGUGCAUUGAGCUGUCCUCGGGUUCCGUAAAGCUGAUGCGAGAACGGAACAAGAAAGUGGCUGAGAUUCCAUUCAACUCGACCAACAAAUACCAGCUAUCCAUCCAUGAGACUGAGGACCCCAAUGACAACCGGUACCUGCUAGUGAUGAAGGGCGCCCCCGAACGCAUUCUGGACCGCUGUGCCACCAUCCUCCUGCAGGGCAAGGAGCAGCCUCUGGAUGAGGAGAUGAAGGAGGCCUUCCAGAAUGCCUACCUGGAGCUUGGUGGCCUGGGCGAGCGUGUGCUGGGUUUCUGCCAUUACUACCUGCCCGAGGAACAGUUCCCCAAGGGCUUUGCCUUUGACUGUGAUGACGUGAACUUCACCACAGACAACCUUUGCUUCGUGGGUCUCAUGUCCAUGAUUGACCCUCCCCGGGCAGCCGUCCCUGAUGCUGUGGGCAAGUGCCGCAGCGCAGGCAUCAAGGUGAUCAUGGUCACCGGCGAUCACCCCAUCACUGCCAAGGCCAUUGCCAAGGGCGUGGGUAUCAUCUCUGAGGGUAACGAGACUGUCGAGGACAUCGCCGCCCGGCUCAACAUCCCCGUCAGCCAGGUCAACCCCAGGGAUGCCAAAGCCUGUGUGAUUCACGGCACCGACCUCAAGGACUUCACCUCUGAGCAGAUUGACGAGAUCCUACAGAACCACACCGAGAUCGUCUUUGCCCGAACCUCCCCUCAGCAGAAGCUCAUCAUCGUGGAGGGCUGUCAGAGACAAGGAGCAAUUGUGGCUGUGACUGGCGAUGGUGUGAACGACUCCCCUGCUCUGAAGAAGGCUGACAUCGGGGUGGCCAUGGGCAUUGCUGGCUCUGAUGUCUCUAAGCAGGCUGCCGACAUGAUUCUGCUGGAUGACAAUUUUGCUUCCAUUGUCACUGGUGUGGAGGAAGGCCGCCUGAUCUUUGAUAACCUGAAGAAAUCCAUCGCCUACACUCUGACCAGCAACAUCCCUGAGAUCACACCCUUCCUGCUCUUCAUCAUGGCCAACAUCCCACUGCCCCUUGGCACCAUCACCAUCCUCUGCAUUGACCUGGGUACCGACAUGGUGCCUGCAAUCUCCCUGGCCUACGAGGCUGCCGAGAGCGACAUCAUGAAGAGGCAGCCCAGGAACCCACGCACAGACAAACUGGUCAACGAAAGGCUCAUCAGCAUGGCCUACGGGCAGAUUGGGAUGAUCCAGGCCCUCGGAGGUUUCUUCUCCUACUUUGUCAUCCUGGCAGAAAAUGGCUUCUUGCCCGGUAACCUGGUGGGCAUCCGGCUCAACUGGGAUGAUCGCACUGUCAAUGACCUGGAAGACAGUUAUGGGCAGCAGUGGACUUAUGAGCAGAGGAAGGUGGUAGAGUUCACAUGCCACACAGCCUUCUUUGUGAGCAUCGUGGUGGUCCAGUGGGCUGACCUCAUCAUCUGCAAGACCAGGAGGAACUCUGUCUUCCAGCAGGGCAUGAAGAAUAAGAUCUUGAUCUUCGGCUUGUUUGAGGAGACGGCCCUCGCUGCCUUCCUGUCCUACUGCCCAGGCAUGGAUGUGGCCCUUCGCAUGUACCCUCUCAAGCCCAGCUGGUGGUUCUGUGCCUUCCCCUACAGUUUCCUCAUCUUCGUCUAUGAUGAGAUUCGCAAACUCAUCCUGCGCAGGAACCCUGGGGGUUGGGUGGAGAAAGAGACCUACUAUUGACCUCAGCCACCACCACGUCGACCAUGUCUUCCCUGCCCCCAGCCCAGGACAGCCCUCUCCGGUCCCCCCAUUUUGUACUCUGGGGGGAGGGGCCUUCUCUCCCCAUGGCCCCCCUCUCUCCUUGUGGCCCUCGGUUACCUCCCACUCUCCCUCACUUCUUCCUCUGGCUGGCUUCUCUCCCCCCCACAGCCCCUGCCUCUCUUCUCCCUCCCUCUUCUGUGUCUCUCCCCCUCUCUCCCUUGCAACCCUGCCCCUCAUUUCCUCCCUGGGCUCUUUUUUACUCCCCUGGGCCCCUUCUCCUGGCGUAUGCCAUCUCCGGUUCUAAUUCUGAACAAUUAUCAAAUAUAUCAGUGGGGAGAGAAAA